AUGGCGUUAUUGCAUCGCAUGUCGGGGGAGUGCAUCAAGUCCGAGUUGGAUCUAUUUACGGUCCCGCUGACGCAGACCGUUAUUGAGAAAAACGGCUAUUUAGAAGUAGCCCCAUUAUCGGCCAUAUCGUACUCUGCACCGUUGGAGUUUUUUAUCGCCGGCAACGGCGACGAUUAUUUGGAUCUUAACAACACGAUGCUCUAUCUACGGGUGAAAAUCACGGGGCCUGACGGAGCAGAUAUCGCUCACCCGGCUAAGGUGGGACCGAUAAAUUACCUGGCAGCUACCAUGUUUUCACAGGUCGACGUAACCCUCGGGGACCGUCUGAUAUCUCAGAGCUCCGGAACUCAUCCGUAUCGCUGCAUCAUCGAAAGUCUGCUCAACUACGGUAAAGAUACGUUGGAAAGUAUUUUCAGCGCCGGGCUGUUUCACAAAGACACGGCCGGUCACAUGGACGUACACGACCCCGCAGGUCGUAACGAGGGGUUGACGAAGAGAUCGCUCUACACCGGCCGAAGCAGCGAGGUGGAACUGUUAGCCCCCAUACACAGCGAUAUAUUCUUUCAAGAGAAACUUUUAAUUAACGGAUUGGAUUUAAAAUUACGGUUCAUACGGGCUAAGGAUGAAUUCUGUCUGAUGAGGUCCGACGACUUGGCUUACAAAUUACAUAUAGCGGCUGCGUCCCUAUUUGUCAAAAAAGUUUCCGUAUCACCCCCGGUGAGACUGGCUCACGCCCAAACGCUGCUCUCGACCACGGCCAAGUACCCCAUCGACAGGGUCUGUCUAAAAUCGUUCUCCAUACCCGCGGGCUCUCGAGUUUCCAAUCAAGAAAAUCUGUUUCUAGGAACGCUGCCAAAGUCUAUCGUUAUCGGUAUGGUCGAUAACGACGCAUUCACCGGCUCCUACGAGAAAAAUCCAUUCGCGUUCAAACAUUACAAUCUGGAAUUCCUAGCGGUCUACGUGGACGGUCAACAAUUUCCCGCCAAGCCCCUACAACGGGACGUUCUUCAGAACUUCGUCGAAGACGGUAAAGCCGAGGAGACCGUCGUCGCCGAAGUUCUGAAGAACGUCCCGUCGAGAAGCGUGAAAAACAGCAGAUACAUAUUAGACAAGAUGUCUAAAGCUAAAGGACUAAGCUCGUGGAACGAAUCCGGGGAGUUUGUGUUCAGGGGGAUGAACGGAGACCUCCGGGAUGGUUGGAGUUUCUACGCGCCUUUGGCGAAUUAA